AUGGGCAAGAGUCGGGCGCGGCGGUUCCGCAGGGCGCCCCGAGCCCCCGCCGGCCCCGAGCUGGAGCGCGGCCCCGAGGAGGAGGCGGCGGCGGAGCUGCUGGAGAAGCUGCAGCAUCCAAGUGCUGAGGUGAGGGAGUAUGCCUGUGCCAGUAUUUCCAAGCUGUUGCAGCAGAAGCACGUCAUCCCAGCCUUUGUGCAGAGGGACGUGGUGCGCUGUUUGGGGCCCUUGCUCAUGGAUCACAGCUUAGCUGUGCGGGAAACAGCUGCAGGUGCUCUCCGAAAUCUGAGUGCUUGUGGAGGAUUUGAUGUCUGUGAUGACAUGGUGACAAACGAUAUCAUGACACCCCUGGUUGCACUUCUGAAAGAGUUCAGCACUGGACUGGAUGCUAACGAGCUCUCUCCAAAGAAAUGCAGAGGGAUGAACAAAAAUUAUAUUGAAGACAUAGCCAAUGAGGCUAUUAAUUUGCUGUGGAAUAUAUGUGAAUGCAACAAUACUGCCCUAUAUAUUUUCAAUAAAGAGGGAUGUCUGGAGGCUGUGUUACAUUACAUGAAGAAAUUCGCCACAAAUGUGGAUCUGGCUAUUUCAGUAGCAAACUGCUUGCAGGCAGUGACAGAAGAUAAUCCAGAUCUUCUUUCUUCGUUUAAUGCUUCUGCACAACAAAUACUGGAAACAGUGAUGUUGUGUCCAGAGAGCACCAUGAAGCACAUCCUUCUGAGAACACUGAUAGCAGGCACUAUCUGGAAUAUAAAGGAUACCAUUCCACCAGGCAGCCUGGGAAGCACAGUUAAUGCAAUCCUGAAGAUAUUUUCAGAAUCAUUGGCAAUGGAUGCCGGUGAAACAAUUAUUCGUAUGAGUGAAGCUGAAAAAAAUAGGUUAAAACUUGUUGUGGAAGCAGAAACUGAGGAAAACAUGGGUGAUACUGCAGAAAACUGUGUUUUGGGGGAAGAUGAUAACAUGGAAGAAAUACCAAAAGGAAAAGUCGGAAGAGAAAAUGACAUUUCGGAUUUACUUCCAUCUGAUAAGUGGGAACUGAAAGAAGUGACAGCUUUACUGACGGCUCAGCAGACUGCUCUGGAAAUCAUUGUUAAUAUGUGCUGCAGUGAAGAUCCCUCCGAUGACGAGUGGGAAGAACACUCCAGCAGUGAUGAGAGUGACUUGUUCAUGGAAAACUCGUACAACGAGGGGAGUGGGCUGCUGCUGUCACCCCUGUGCCUCUCUGAUGAGGUUAACUCAGCAUUUCUGAACAACCUCAUUCCAAAGAAGAUUCUUGAAAAAACUGCUUUUCCGAACAGUGUUGCUCUAGACAUCUGUAUGCGCAAUUCGUCUUGGAAACCAUUAAUUAAAAAACUGAAUGCAGUGCAGUGUAGAGCUUUAACAUGUCUUCAGAGCAUUUUGUUGGUGUCAGAUGUGGAUUGUCUUGGGGGAGCUUCAGCACUUCAGUCCCUUGCACAGCAUCUCUCACAGCUGAUCUUUUCUAAAACAGAACUCCCUACAGACACAGAAUUCCUGGAAGCUGUAACCAGUGCUUUGAGGGCUCUCCUACAAACAAUGGCAUCAAAGAACAUCUCCCAGUGUAUGACUCCUGAGCAGCUAUUGGCUUUGUGUGAGGCUGGUAUUCAAAGCAGCAAUGCCAGUGUUAGAGUGAACAUGGUGAGCAUCCUUGGAAUUUCUGGCAGUGUCCUGGCAAAAGGACAAGACACAGCUGAAACACUGAAGAUGAUUGGCAAAUUUCUUCUUGAGGUUGCUAUGAAGGAGUCUUCUCUUGUGGUAGCAGGGGAAGCCUUGGAUGCACUUUUUGAUGUAUUUGCAGAUGGUAAAGAAGCAGAAAAGGCGGCGUUACAGAUCAAGUUGCUUCCAACACUGAAGGAGUUUCAGCCAGUGUUCAGAAUGAGGAUGCGAAAAGAAGGCAAAGGACAAUAUAGUACAGAUCAGCUGUGUGUUCUUGACAAUGUGAAGAUGAAUUUGAGAAGAUUCAUUGCAUAUCAGGAGACACUAGGGAAAACCCCAACUUGAAACGUCGAGGAACUUUUAAGGUUUUCCUUAUUAUGAAAUGUUUACAAAAAAUAUAACUGUUUUGAACUUCCCAGCUUUACUGAGCAGAGCAGUUUUGCUUUGAUGUUAAUGAUACAUUUUAUGACAUUCAGUAUUUUUAUACUUUUGGGUUGAUGCAAUAUGAAAGACAUAUUAGCAUCAAAAUCCCCAUAGCAUACCCUAAGAUUAUUGGAGUGAUAAGAAGGUGCUCUUUAAGUCUUGAGAUGUGUACGUAGCACCACUGUCAUUGCCUGGAUAUCUUCACGUACCCUGGCAGAAAACGACACUUGAAUGAAAAAGAAAUCCCGAAAAUAUUCUUGGUCAUGUGGCAGAUGGG